ACGUCUUGGCAAAGCCUUCAUCGGAAAUGAUUGAUGGUUGAUGAGGAAAGAUAUGACUCCGAGGCAAAAGUGAAGAAGACAAACAAAGAGAUUGAGGACUUGAGAAUGAAAGUGGUUGAGAUCCAGGGCAUAAAGAAGCCAGCUCUGAAGAAAGUGCGUAUGUCUGCUGAUGCUAUGCUUGCAGCUCUGCUGGGCACCAAGCACAAGGCUUCCAUGGAUUUCAGAGCCAACUUGAAAGAAGUGAAGAAGGAGGUCAAAGAGGAGGAGGAAGUCAGUGACUGGCGUAAGAACGUUGAUGAACAGUCUGGCAUGGACGGCAGGAAGAAGAAGUUUCAGUCUGCAAAAAUUACCAAAUUAGUUUUGGUGUUCAAAACUACGGAGGAUACAGAGUGAUUGAUCUAUCUUUUUUGUUAUUUUGUUGUACUGUUGGAUAUGGAAGACCUAAGGUCGAGAUUUGAGGCAAAGACAUGUUUAUCUUACAGCAUAAGAUAAGACCUUAUACUAACUGUAAACUAUAAUUGAAUUGUAAAUUAUUUUCCAAAUAUAUAGGCUUACUGAAAAUAUAUACAACUGCC